AUGUUUCAUGAAUAUCUACAAGAGUUGGGUCCUUUGAAAAAUUCAGAGCUUCCAUUACAAUUUCGAAAUCAGUUCAAAAUAAAAGAAAACUUUAUCAAUCCUAAUAGUAAACAUUUUGAUUCUAUUGCCUAAAAGUAUAUGCUUUUAAUAUGAAAUUUUUUAGAUUAUUAUCCUAGGAAAAAUCAAGUAUAAAACGAAAAUGGGAUAAAUAAUGUAAGAUGAUGUUCAUUUGGAUAUUGGGCAAGUUUUUUUAAUUGUAAAAUAAGAAAACCAUUAACCCAACUCAAGAUGAAUGGGGAAAAUUAUCAAAUAUUCUUAAAAUAGAUGAAGUUACACUAAAAUAAAGGUGGAUCACCCUUAUAAACCCAGUUUCUAAGAGUAUUAAUUGGGAAACAGAAGAAGAUGAUAUCAUUCGAUCACUAAUGAAGUAUUAGAUAUUCAUAUUUGUAAUACAGCGAUUCAGAUGAAAAGCAUAUUUGGACAUAAAUUGCUUUAGAAUUAUAUAAUUAAAAUAAUGGAUAAUACAUCAGAACUCCAAAGUAGGUUAGAGAACGAUGGAUGAAUUAUUUAAAUCCAAAACUUAAAAAGUAAAUAUUGACAAUAAUAAAAAUCAAUAGAACUAAUUGGAGCUAAUAAGAAGAUCUUCAAUUAUUGAACAUGGUAGUUAAGAAUGGGAAAAGAUGGUCAUUGAUUUCUAGUCUUUUAGAUGGAAGAACAGAAAAUCAAGUGAAAAACCGGUAUUGAUUAUUAAAUAUUCAAAAAGAUUUAAGAGCCUAAUCCAAAAAAUAUACAAAGAUGAAGACAAUGAUGAUAUUGAAGAAUUAGAAGCUAUUAAGGAGUAUUUGAAUAAAUAGAAUGUGUUAUAAAUUUAGGAACCAUAAAAAGAAGAGUCUCCUAUUCGUAUAACUUAUUAAAGAUAGGUUAAAACUAAAACAAAUCAAAAAUAAUUAAAUAAAAUAGAUGAUAUAGAAGUGCCUAUAAAGAAACAGAAACCUAAAAAGAAUACACCCUAGAUAGAUACUUAAGUGCCUGUUAAGUUAUUAAAGGAUUCAGUAAUCAAAUCAAAAUUGUAGGAUAAUAAAUAAAAAUAAGAAGAGAUUGUUUAGGAUUUCUAAGUAGAACCACAAUAACAAUAAUAACUUUAAUUUGAUCAAUAAUUAAAAAUACAGUAGUCGAUUUAAUUAUAAUCCUUAAAUGAAAAUAACAAAAAAGACCUUUCUACUCCUAAUACAUUAUAUUAUAAUAUUUAACCAACAUUUUAAAAAAUUGAGGAAUAAAAAAAUGAUCAAAUUGGAUACAAAUAAGUAUAGUACUCUCCAAUACAAUAACCAAAUUAAUACUUAUAUUAAGGAUUCCGUCCUUAUUAAGAAGAAAUUUAAUAAUAAUUUUAAUAAACUCCUGUUUAAAUGUUUAUGGGUUAGUAUUUUAAGAAUUACUAAUAAAAUUAUAAUCUUAUUUCUCCUUUUCCAUAACUCAAUCAAACUCCUAUGGUAUAUACCCCUGCUUAAGCUAUGUAUAUGUAUAAUAAUAACAAUCCUUUUAAUAUGGGCAUUUCACCUCUUUUGAUUAGAAGUCCCUAUCCAGAGAAUUUAUCUCCUAAUAUUGCUCCCUAAUAGUAGCCUACUUAAGCUUUCUGGUAAACCCCUCAAUAUACUCCAACGGAUUAUUUAUAGAAUGAAUAAAAAAUGUCAAUUGUAAGUUUAAAAUAAUUAUUAAUUUAGAACAAAUUAGAAUUUUUAUAGUCUAAUAACUUAGUUGAUAAAUGGAAAUAAAAAAGAGUAAAUGAAAAGUAGAAUGCUUCUUUUAUGGAAUCCUUUUAAUCACUUGAUUAAUGA